UUGCCUGUCAAUCCUGCCUGGCUUUAGUGGGAAGGAUGCAUCAAUCAUUAACUGCAGGUCUACUUGUCCUUUUCCUAUCAGAUGUGAUAGCUGUGUUGUUAAGCUUCAGUAUAUCUUCACUUCAGUUCCACCCUGGAUUUUAUGCAUCUACAAUUUUUGUGGAUCCUUCUGGCCUCAACACUUUCUGAGUGAUGGAAGCUGUAUGACUGCACGGCAGCCAUGUACCAGAGAGCAGUGUGAGGAGGACCUCAGUGACGGUCAUGGCCUUCACAGCCAAAAAAGCCCACUGGCAGUUCCUGGGUCUGGUGCUGGCGGUAUUGGGACUUAUGCUAACGGCUGGCACUAGUGGAGUGAACAAUUGGAGGUUAUGGUACGUGGACGACCUGUCCGUCAUCAGCUCUGGCGUGGCCUGGGUGGGCAUCUGGAGGGCUUGUUUCUACAGCCAUGUUCUCGACACGUUUGAGUUCUGCCAGAGCAUCAGCAUCACAGACUCCUUCAUUCCUCCGGAAAUCGUUGCAGCGCAGGUGCUGUGCACGACUGCCAUUCCUAUAGGAAUUGCUGGAAAUCUGAUUGCGGGAUACGCUGUGAGACAUGUGUACUUUAAUGUUAACAGAGGCCACAUCAGAUGGGCCUUCGUGUUAGCUGGAGCCUUGCACCUCCUCACUGCGACAUGCUCUCUGGUUCCUGUGUUUUGGAAUAUGAAUUCAGUGCUGAAGAAUCGUACUAUAGAUUUCCCCCCAGAGUUCCACUUUCCCCCUGCUCCUUAUAAACAGGAGCUGGGCAUGGGAUUCAUAAUAGGGAUUUGUUCCUCCGUCUUGCUCAUUGUAAGUGGACUGCUCUUCUUGUCCUACAGGCAACCAGUUAAACUCCAGAAACCCAACGUUGAGGCCUGCGACGCAGAGGAGAAAACUCAAAGCAUCACAAACCAGGGUGCUAUUACAGAGGAAGGAAUAACAAGAGAGGAAGGGACUGAAAACCAAGCCUUCCAGGCUGAGGAGAAAGUUUAAUGAAGAGUUCUGGAUGCUCUUUGAAAAUAAAUCUGGUUGACAGAUGAUCAUCUGACAGAUGGUCACUGAAGUGCUGUUCUGUUUGGAAGACUCUCUGGUGUUUGUGUUGACCACAGCCAGAUUUCAUUCCUAAUUAUUGGUUCAGGUGUCAUUGCAGAAGUCUUGUUCUCUGGCACUGAUAGCAGGAUUCUUUACCUUUUCGUUACUCUGAUUCUGCUCCACCAUCUAUUUCAAAUCUACAUGACUGUCGUACUGGACUUUACCUUCAUGCUAAGUAAAAAUCCAUGCUUCCUUUUUUUUCAGGUAAUCCCCAAGAUCAUUAUCUGGUCCUCUGAUAGACCUUUAACACUGGCUUAUCUCAUGGCUCCUACCUGUGUGCAAUCUGAGGGCCUCUGUUUAAUCUUCUUUGUGAAGUUCUAUUAUUCCAUUAUCUGGUGCAGCCCGGAGGAGUAAAAGUUCCCCAUUUGUCUUGGUUCCUCUCAGUGGCUCUUCUUUAUGCUCUCAAUGCCCAAAUUAGUCCUCUCUCAUUCCUGGGUCUGCAACCAGAUAUAUGGAAAGCUGCUUUGGGGCAAUGUCUUGUGUUAAAAGUGCCAUACAAAUAAAACUGAAUUAGAUUUGAAACCCUUUAAUUGUUUAAAAGAAUUCCCUUUAUGUACCUUAUGUUUCCAGGCGUUUAGAGAGUGUUUAAGAUAUGAAAUGAAAAGGGAAUUUCACAAAAUCAGCAUAAUUCAAUCAGGGUUUGAUGUGAAAUGGCUCACUGUAGAGAAACAUAUUGACUCAGAUUUACAGUGGGAGUGAAUGAAACCUGGACUCUCAGUGUUCACAACACAAAUCUAGCCAUUUUAUUUACAAUCCAAAACCAACGGUGAACUUACACGUCUUUUUAUAUACAUUUGUCUUUGUUAACUACUUUGCCCUCAGAACAUCCUGCAUAUACCACUCCAAAAUGAUCAUAACACAGUGUCUCGGGCAUCAGGCAGCAUAUUCAUAAUCAUUUCAUGUGGUAGGUUUCUGUAAGGGAGCUUUUAGAGGCAUUAAGGGUUUAGAUGUCUGGUUCCCCUCCCUAGCACUGUGUACAGUUCCGACUGGGUUUCUCUGUAAUGAUGUAUUUCACGUAAAAGCACUCAUAAUCAUUUAAUUCUGCAUAAACAUUGAACAUCGGUGGAAUUUUCCUUGUAAGAUAUUUGACCAGAUUAGGUUUAAGCUUAAGCUAAUAAGAAUUUUAAGUUGUGAAUCACCAUUGGUGUUGCAGUUUAGCCCAAGAGUGGACUUGCAACUGUGGGAAACUGACCUUUAGAGUUUCUAAACUCAAAUGAAGUCAUUCAGAGGUGGGAAGUAGUUCUGUAAGUUAUUGUUUUCGCGUCCAGCUCUGUCUAUGAUUUAGACAGGAGAAGCAUCCACAGGCUUCCAUCAGCGCUUCAGUAAAUCCCAUGCUGGGGGCCUCUGUGUUGUAAAAUGACAGGAUGUGCAUUACACUGGGUGUAGCUGUUAUUUAGUCUAGUAGGCCUAAGCCAUCUGUUAUUAUUAUUUUUUUGUGAAUGGCAGAGAGGCAUAGCCAACGCAACAAUGGCUCAAACAAUCUGGAGGAGAAUUAAAUAUGGCUGAAUAUGAAUGAAUACUGAAUGAAUGAAUAUGAAUGUCACUGUUGGAACAAACCCUUGUACCUCCGAAAUGGUAGAAACAUGGUACGAGAGGACAGAACUUUAAAUGCCAGCCUUUAUUCCAGGACCAUAUAUAUGCAUUAUAGCACUAAUAAGCAUCUUGAUUAAGGCCUUAAAUCUCUACACUGUAAAAAAAAAAAAUAAUAACAUGCUGUAAUUUUAAUGCAGCAGUUCCUGUUGUAGCUCAUACCAUAAUACAAA